AUGAAUUCUGAUCAUACCCGAAGAAAGAGGAACAAUGCUAAUCCGGUUACGCAACGUUUGAUAGUUCAUGAAACAUUCUCAGACAGCAUUCAAUUGCAGGUCGUACCUCUGAAUCGUGGAUCACUCGAUUGGGAUGAACCUUUUAUAGCUGCAAAUUUAUCGUCUCGUAUCAAUGCGUGUCGUAUUGGAUGUCAAGAUCUUGAAUCAGUGAAUUCCACAUGUGCUGCGCGAUGCAAUUCGUUGAUUGCUCCAGAUAGCUGUCAGCAAGGUUGUCGUGCAAUCGCCGACAUUCUCCUACAUCAUAUACAAGGUCGGUGA